AUGAAUAGAAAAACAACAUCAGCGAUUGACCAAGUAAUAUCGGAUUUUGAUGGGGUAUUAUAUCAUGUUUCAACACCAGAAACAAAGACAAAGAUGUUAGUUUCGACGAAAAUUGGUUGUUAUAAGAGUUUAAUGAAAUAUGAUUUACAAACGGUUCUUGAAAGAUAUUAUGGAGAAUUAAUUGUUUCUCCAGAAGAAAAAUAUGAUUUUUCACUAUAUAUUGAUCUUGAAAAGAUAUUUGAUGAUGAAAAGGAAAAGAAGGAUCUUAUUCGUUCUAUUGGCUUGCUUAAGAGAAAUAUACUUUCAGCGCCGUUUGAAAAGGCGUUUUAUUUACAACAACUUCUAGAGAAAGAACAGAAAAAUGAACAAAAGAUUAAAAAUACAGAGAAAGAAAUUAUAAAAAUACCAUAUAGAGAUGAAGAAGCUAUUUUUAUUAUUCCAUCUUCAGAUAGAGUAACAGUUAUUUUUAGUACUAUUUUUAAGGAAGAAACAGAUAUAAUUCUGGGAAAAGAAUUCGUUGAUGCACGUCGAAGACCAGCAAUUCAAAAUGCACCUCAAGUUUUUUAUUCUUAUCGUGAUCCACCUUUAGAAAUUCAAUCGUUAAGUGAUUUAAAAUUAUCUGAUAAUAUAGGCUAUGUAACAUUUGUUUUAUUUCCUCAACAUUAUACACCUCAAAAAAAAGAAAACUGUAUUUCAAAAAUUCAAUUGUUUCGAAAUAUGUUAUGUUAUCAUAUUAAGGCAUCUAAAGUACAUAUGCAUGAACGUAUGCGAGCAAGAGUAGCAGAAUUUUUAAAAGUUUUGAAUCGAGCUAAAUUAGAGAAUACAGAAAAAGAAAAAAAGACCGCAUCAGGAAGGAGUUUUAAUGUAUCUAAAUGA